UUCUUGCAAUGUAGAGGUCCAUUUGCAAAAAGAAGGCACCCACUGGUUGACUCUUCAGUGGUUUCAGAAAUUAGAAGAUGUCUAGAGGAUGGCACUGAAUUUCAAGGCGAAUUGUUGAACUUUAGGAAAGAUGGUACCCCAUUGAUGAAUAAAUUGAGGUUAACACCUAUCUAUGGAGAUGAUGAAACAGUAACCCAUGUUAUUGGUAUCCAGUUCUUCACUGAAGCCGAUAUUGAUUUGGGACCUGUGACCAGUUCUACAACGAAGGAGUUAGCAAAAUCGUCUGACAAGUUCCGUUCUGGCCUUUCAUCUUUUCGCUUUACAUCUGUUGGGGAACGAAAUAUUUGUCGUGGUGUAUGUGGUAUUCUCCAAUUGAGUGACGAGGUGAUAUCGUUAAAAAUACUCUCACGGUUGACGCCCAGAGAUAUAGCGUCAGUAGGAUCUGUUUGUAGGCGGUUUUAUGAGCUGACGAAGAACGAGGAUCUCUGGAGAAUGGUCUGCCAAAAUGCCUGGGGUAGUGAAACAACACGUGUACUAGAGACUGUACCUGGUGCAAAAACUCUUGGCUGGGGCCGGUUAGCCAGAGAAUUGACAACUCUCGAAGAUGCUGCCUGGAGGAAGCUAACCGUAGGGGGAUCUGUCGAACCCUCACGUUGCAACUUCAGUGCUUGUGCAGUUGGUAAUAGAGUUGUAUUAUUUGGUGGGGAGGGUGUUAAUAUGCAACCGAUGAAUGAUACCUUUGUACUGGAUUUAAAUUCUAGUAAACCAGAGUGGCAGCAUGUUCAAGUUAGUUCUCCACCUCCUGGUAGAUGGGGUCAUACUCUUUCUUGUGUAAAUGGUUCUCAUUUAGUCGUCUUUGGCGGUUGUGGUAGACAGGGCUUGCUUAAUGACGUUUUCGUGUUGGAUUUGGAUGCGAAUCCUCCAACCUGGCGUGAAAUAUCUGGAUUGGCUCCUCCGCUUCCAAGAUCAUGGCAUAGCUCCUGCACUCUUGACGGCACCAAGUUGAUAGUCUCUGGUGGUUGUGCAGAUUCUGGAGUACUUCUGAGUGAUACUUUUCUGCUCGAUCUCUCAAUGGAGAAACCCAUUUGGAGGGAGAUACCUGUAACUUGGACUCCUCCCUCUCGGUUGGGGCACACAUUAUCUGUAUAUGGUGGCCGGAAGAUUUUGAUGUUUGGAGGUUUAGCAAAAAGUGGACCGUUACGGUUUCGAUCAAGUGAUGUCUUUACAAUGGAUUUAAGUGAGGAGGAGCCAUGUUGGAGAUGUGUAGCUGGAAGCGGAGUGCCGGGUGCUGGAAACCCAGGAGGGGUAGCACCUCCGCCUAGACUGGACCAUGUCGCUGUGAGUCUCCCUGGUGGCAGAAUACUGAUAUUUGGUGGCUCAGUGGCGGGUCUUCACUCUGCGUCACAGCUUUACCUCCUUGAUCCAACAGAAGAGAAACCAACAUGGAGGAUAUUGAAAGUACCUGGACGGCCUCCAAGGUUCGCAUGGGGACACAGCACGUGUGUCGUAGGGGGAACGAGGGCAAUAGUCCUGGGAGGUCAAACUGGAGAGGAGUGGAUGCUAAGUGAGCUUCAUGAACUAUCAUUGGCCAGUUCUCUCAUCUGAUUUGAAGAGGGAAGAAACAAAGAACAGUUGAGAGAGAGAGAGAGAAAGAGAGCCAUGGAUUGCAAGAUUAUGGUGAGAGAUUGAUUGAUGUGUUGGGAGAAAUGUUGUUGCUCUGGUCUGGUCUGGUCUGGUCAGGACUCUCUGUAUUAGAUAUGUUUGUUCCAAAAGAGCAUCAUAUUAUUCUUGUAUGGAACUGUUCUGACUCAGAAUAAAACUUUAAAAUUCAGUUUGAAACGAGUGAUGCCAAUACCGAUUCUUGCGUUGGGUGUGAGUUUUAGCAAGAAUGUUUUCUUCCAUAUUAGGGGUUAGAUUAUGUUGAUAGAGGGAUAGGUAUCUAUAUAUAAGUGCAUAUUCUUAGUAUCAUAAGAAUAUUUUGGUCUCUAAUGAUUCAGAUUCUAUAGUAGUAGGAUUUGGAUUUGGAAUUGGAAGAAGCAAAGAGGGAGUGAGUCCAUGUCUGUCUGUAAUAACUUUCUGCCCAGGAUUGGAACAACCAAGAUCUGAAAUACACAGGCAACCACUGCUGGUUCAGUUCCUUCAGCCACUGAAGGAAGAAGGAAAAAGGCAUCCAUGCAAACCCCCCCACCCCUUCUCUUUUCUGUACAAGUAACACUCUGCUGCUUAUCUUAUUUAUUAUAUAUAUUUUGCUGUCUU